AUGCUCUAUUGCGAAGAAACACUUUCGUUUCAAAUCUCAUCAGCUGUUCUAUUUGUUGUUGGAGGGUUUGGCGCUGGGGUUUCUCCUCAGCAAUUGAUGGUGUACUGGCUUCGGACCCCAUGUCUGGUUGUCUGCUUAUUACUUAUUGCACUCUUCCAGAGGUGCUCAUUCACGGAGAUUUGUCAAGCAAAAGAGCUAGAAAAAUCGCGGUGGAUUGUUCCAGCAAAGUUGACGAACGGAUUGGACCUGUAUAUUCAUCGUGGAUUAGAAUAUAGCGCAACGAGAGCCUUUACUGAUAUCUUCUUGCAACUUAAUCUGACUGAUGGCGAUACAUAUGACCUUUAUAAGGGUGACAACUGCUCCAUCGUUGAGGAAGAAUAUCGUGCGGAUAAUCGAAUGUUUGGAUUGCUUAAAGGUGUGGACCUAUGGGAAAGUCAUCAGCUGAACGUUUUUAACGACACAGUUGUUGGAGUGGUGACACAUUUACCAUACACUAUUAGUGCAAAAGUCUUGAAAGUUAACUAUGUUCGUUUCGGCGUUUUCGCAGCUGGAAUUCUUUUAUUUCUAUUUGCUCGACGUCUUGUGCGGAAUGCUGUGUUUUUCUAUGGAAGUGGCUGUUCUUUUGGUUUAUUGGCAUCUCUACUUAUUCUAGUUUUCAUUGUUUAUAGAUUUGCGCCAAAGAAGUUAAUAGGUAUACCUAUCCUUAUUGGAGGAUGGUCAUUAGCUAUGUACAUGUUACAUUUUGCUUGGAGAAACUUCGCCACAGUAGUCGUACAGUACCAGAAAUAUCUAGCUGCUUAUAUGGUCACCGUUAUGUCGAUUUCUCUUGCAAUUUGCUAUAAAAAAGGUCCACCUAAGGACAGUCGUUCUCUAGACAUUGCUCAGUGGACUAUGCAAGCAGUGGCACUAUUGCUUAUUUAUGCGUCUGCUCAGGUCCAAGAGGUGUCUGUUGGAGUCAUGACUAUUUUGGUUCUACACCAGCUCUCCAAAUCCUGGUUAUGGUCUUUGAUUUGUUCAUUAGCUGCUGCAUUUCGAUACAUCUGGAGAAAAGUGUUUCCUCCUAAGCGUCGCCUCCUGACUAUGGAAGAAUAUGAGAAAGAGGGCUUAGAAACUACGAAACGAGAAUUGGAACGAUUGCGGGAGUACUGUCGCAGUCCUGAUGCAGAUGUGUGGAAAAUUACCAGCAAAGUACACGAUCCGAAAAGAUUUGCGCGCUUCGUUGACGGUAAGGAACGGCAUGUAUUGGAAGAAGAAGAGGAUUUAUAUGAAUCGGACGCUGAAUUCUUGGAUCGUGAGGGUGACGAGGAUGACGUGGAGGACGAUGACGACCGUAAUUUUGGGGUUAGGAGAUUCUAUGAUGGAGAUGACGAUGAAUGGGAAGAAAGGAUUAUAGUUAGACGGACGCCUAAAGUUCGAGCUGAAAACUAUCCAUCUCCAAGGAAAUCUUUGCAAAAUGGCUCUCAUCUAAUAGAACUCACACCUAACUCGCGAUCAUACUAUCACGAUAGUCCGAGGUCACAGAGCUCUACAAGGGUAGCAGGGUCAACAUCAAAGCGAUAUCAAGCUGGGAGAGACAGAGAUGACAUAAAUUAUAAUUAUUCCUUCACUCGGAAAUACAGGCAGACACCAGAACUGCAGAAACGGACGCAAAAACGAACCGCACCGUCGUCUUCGAAUGAAUUUCUCAGUUCAGAUUCAGAUGACAUUCAAGAAGCGGACCUUUAUCCGGAAGAACAGUUUGACUAUUAG